AUGACCAGGCAUCCCAGGAGUGUCUCGUUUGAGCUGCGCCCCGGUGAGAUCACAGCUCUGGUGGGCCCCUCUGGUGGAGGGAAGUCGACAUGUGUGUGUCUGCUGGAGCGCUUCUACCAGCCCCAGAGUGGAGAGAUCCUGCUGGACGGGGCUCCCCUUCAAGAAUACCAGCACUCGUACCUGCACAGGAAGGUUGCUCUGGUGAGUCAGGAGCCGGUGCUCUUUGCUCGCUCGGUUCAGGAGAACAUCUCAUAUGGAAUGGAGCAGAGCACCGAGGAGGAGGUGCAGCGAGCAGCCAAGAGAGCCAUCGCACACGACUUCAUCACGGGGCUGCAAGAGGGCUACAGCACCGACGCUGGUGAGAAGGGCGGGCAGCUCUCGGGGGGUCAGAAGCAGCGCGUGGCGAUCGCUCGGGCUCUGCUCAGGGACCCCCGCAUUCUCAUCCUGGACGAUGCAACCAGCUCCCUGGACACCGAGACUGAGCACCUGGUCCAGUCUGCUGUGCUGAAUGGGCGCCGCUGCUCGGUACUCCUGAUCUCUCACAAGCUGAGCUCCCUGGAGCGGGCGGACCGCAUCAUCGUGCUGCAGGGAGGGGAGGUGGUGGAGCAGGGGAGCCACUUGGAUCUGCUGCAAAGAGGGGGCGUCUAUAAGAGCCUGCUGGAGAAACAGAGCAAGGGCUUCGACCGCAACGGGGAUUCCCGGGACCAGGAGGGACCAGAACAACAACAGAACUGAGAGCUCAGAGCAGCCCGCACUCAACUGCACACUACCUGCAGGGAGAAGAAUACAUUGAGACUGCUGCACUACUGUGGGAGAAUACAUUGAGACUGCUGUGGAAGAAUACAUUGAGACUGCUGUGGAAGAAUACAUUGAGACUGCACAGGAAGUGCUCUGAGGCGUGGACUGUGAUGGGGUACCGCAAUGACAUCAUCACUGUACCGUUCAUUCAUCAUCAAGUCAAAUAAAAAAAUGAUCUCUGUGCUGCAUUGUUGUGGAAUGUUAUUUUUUCAGCUGAAUGUUAAUUGAAGUGGUCUCUUGCUAUGAGACUUUGUAUCACUGUGCUCUUUUGCUUGGCAGUGCACAGGGACCGUGACUCCAGAACAUUCAUUUCCAUUCAAUUCCUUGGAGGCACAGCGAGGGCCAGUUCAGCUCAGAUAUGCAUUACGCCACACAUUUCAUUACUCACUCGAACCAAUUCGAGUUCUGAUCAGGUAUUAUUAUUAUUAUUGUUAGAACAUAAUAAGAACAUUAGCACAUUCCCCUCUUUAAUUCCCCUUGUGUCUGCGGGGUGCAUUUAAAGGCAUGUAUCCAAUAAGUGAGGCCUGACUGUGACCCUGUGCUGUCCGCAGUCCACGUGUGCUAGGAGGACUCCACUGUGCCUCAGGACUUGGUGUCGCUGUUUUUAAAUUGCUUUACAUCACAAGGCUUGAAACUCACACCAGCCCUGCUGCACCCAGUCCUGGGUUUUAUUAUACAAUCAGCCCCCUGUUAAAUCUGCUCUGAAUGAACAGAUUCUCAUCACAGAAUUAAUACAUCUCACCUGUGAGUGUGGGGGGUAACUAAUAGGAAUUUAGUAUGCAGCUAUAAAGGAGGAACAGUUUAUUUUUAACAUCAAAUCAUUUCAGUAGUUCUGAAGGCCAGGACUGGAUGCAGCAGGGGUAGUGUGAGCUUCAGGCCAUGAUGAUAACUGUGUGCUUCUGUGUUCUUGAAAAGCAAUGUGACCUCGGACAACGUCAUUAUUAGUUCUGUUGCAAUUCAAGCAGGUCUAAGUGCAGUGUGUUCCUCUAUUCAGUUAUAUCACAGUGCAUUGAUUCAAGCAGGUCUAAGUGCAGUGUGUUCCUGUAUUCAGUUAUAUCACAGUGCAUUGAUUCAAGCAGGUCUAAGUGCAGUGUGUUCCUCUAUUCAGUUAUAUCACAGUGCAUUGAUUCAAGCAGGUCUAAGUGCAGUGUGUUCCUGUAUUCAGUUAUAUCACAGUGCAUUGAUUCAAGCAGGUCUAAGUGCAGUGUGUUCCUCUAUUCAGUUAUAUCACAGUGCAUUGAUUCAAGCAGGUCUAAGUGCAGUGUGUUCCUGUAUUCAGUUAUAUCACAGUGCAUUGAUUCAAGCAGGUCUAAGUGCAGUGUGUUCCUCUAUUCAGUUAUAUCACAGUGCAUUGAUUCAAGCAGGUCUAAGUGCAGUGUGUUCCUGUAUUCAGUUAUAUCACAGUGCAUUGAUUCAAGCAGGUCUAAGUGCAGUGUGUUCGUCUAGUCAGUUAUAUCACAGGGCAUUGAUUCAAGCAGGUCUGAUUGCAAUGUAUGUUUCUCUAUUCAGUUUUGCACUCCAGGAUUAUUAUUACAUUCUGUUCUAGUUUCCAGUAGCUUUAGAUGCUUUUCAGUUAUUUUUUAAGCUGGAUAUUUCUAAUAUUUCCAUGCAGUGAUUUUCACAGUAUCUGCAAACACAAUAUGUAAAUAUUACUUAAUAUUAAUAUCUACUGAAACAAAGUGAGACCCAGCUGUAACUCACAAGUUGUUUUCUUAUUUAAAUCUGUUUUGUUAAAUCAAAUAAAGUUUGAGAAUCCACAAUACUGUUCUGUUUGUCAA